AUGUCAGCGCGCCAUUCCCAGGAUCGCCGACCCAUCCACACUCCUCACGACCCCCUGGCGCAGGUGAACGAGGAUCUGGGCGCCGCACGUGCGGAGAUGGCGGCGCUGCGGCAACAAACCGCGCUGCUGGACAAGCUGCUGAAUGUGCGCGACACGUACAUCAGCCUGCUGCAGCAGAGCAAGGACGAGCUGUCCCUCACCGGGUUCAAGCCCAGCUGUCGUGGCUGCCGUGAGCUGAGCGAGCCCUUGCUGACGCCCGGCCAGACCGUCGUCCUGCACUGCGCCUGCUACACCGGCGAAGCCGAGCACUGGAACCCGGACCUGCACUUGACGCAGAGCGAGCAAGCAGCUUUCAGGGCCCAGGGUGUGGGGGGCCUCCAGCAGGUCUGGCAAGAGGCCAACGACCGCGUCCAGGAGGCCGCCCAGGAUGUGGCCGCCGGCGUGGGCGGCGCGGAUCUGGUGGAUGAGCUGAUGGCGAGGAUGCUGGCAGGGCGCACACUGUCCUGGCGCAUCGCACACUACUUCCCCGGCCACUUUGCGGAGGUGGCCGGCAUCUCCGCGCCCUCCACCUCCGCCCCGGGACUUUGGGACGCGCUGGUGGCCGACCUGGCCCUGUCGCCACGCCAGUUGGAGCGCCUGGGUGUGGUGGCCCACACCUUCCACCGCAGCCUGGAGGCCCUGGCGGCCGAGCGCGAGGGCCUGGUGAGCGGCCUCGUGGCCUCUCAGGUGGUGGCCGAGGGCGCCAUGCUCCAGUUCGCCGCCAACUCCCUGCAGGUGGCUGUGCUGUCUGGGGCGGGGUUUGGGACGCGGGAGCGGGUCUUCGCGCUGGAGUCGAGCCUGGAGCGGGAGCUGCGCGUGCACGGUGACGCGGUGGGCGCGAUGUUCUCGGCGCUGAGCACGCCGCAGCACGCGCGCCUGUUCUGCGGGUCCCGCCCCUUCCUCCCGGACGUCGCCUGCAUCCUGGCCGCGCUCCAUGCGAAGCGCCGUGCCAUCCUGGAGGAGCUGGGCCACAGCAUCGGCGUGGCCGGGGCGCGGUCGGUGCACGAGGCAUGUCGCAUCAGUCUGGAGGUGCAGGCAGGCACGAGCGUGCUUCGGGCCACUGUGGAAGCCGAGCAUCGCCUGCAUCGCGAGGUCAGCAGGGCACUCCUCCUGGACACGCUGGGACCCACGCAGCAGGCAAGGCUGCUGGUGGCCGCGCACCCUUUCCUCCCCGAUCCCCUCAUGAAUCAGGCCAUGUAUCGUGCCAGGAAGCGCGAAGAGUGGGGUGCGCUGGAGAAUGACUUUGCCGAGAGUGGAGCCGGCUGGGAGCGCCCGCAUGCUGCACCCUUCGAGGAACCGGGGCUCAGCUUUGGGCAGAUGGUCUGUCUCGAGGCAGCCUGCCAGGUCGCUCGCCAGCAGGACAGCCCGACCCUCUCACAGGGGGACAUGGAGGUGUUCAGGAGACGGCCGAUGCUGGAGGUUGGCAGGGAGUUCAGGGCGAAUGUGGAGAGUAUGGUGGAGAUCCUGGCAAAGCAUGGGGCAGGCGUGCGCCUGCCACACGCAGCCGAGGAGGCCGUGGAGGGUAUCCUUGGCAGACAGAUAGCCACUUAUCGACGAGGCCAGGUGCACAGCAUCAUGGAGUCGGCGGCUGCUGAGAGCAAGCCCAUCGACCGAGACGCGGAUGCUGUGUGGCAGGAUAUUGCGCGUCAAGUGCGCCUCUCGCCAGCUCAGCGAGUGGAGCUGGAUAAGUAUCGCGACGCCCUGAGGUCGACCAUCCACUCAGUCGUGCCGAUGGCACCUGAGGAGGCAGCCUCAAAGCCAGAGCCGGAUGGCAGGCUCCCUUCGGAUCUGAGCCUGGACAUAUUUGCCGUCGCCGACCUCGUUCCUCGUCCCUCCUUCACCUUGAGCGACAUGGACUUCCUGGAGGGAGGCGCGAUGAGGGCCCAGGCUCGGUACAGGGCCAAGCGCAGGGCUACAGCGGCACACGCCAAGGCCUCCCUGGACAAGGCAAGCUGUCGCAUCCUGAACGAGGAGCUGGUGGCUGCCAAGCGCGAGAACCGGCUGCUGACCUGCCGUUCGGUGCUGUAUGAGCAGGUGCUGUGCUCCCGCGAGGACUACCUGAACCUGGUGCGCUCGCGGCGUGAGACGCCCUUCCCCGCCUGGGGCAACAGCCAGGGCGACCCGCCCCCGCUCUACUACAGCUGGACGGAGCCGGAUCUGCCGCCGGGGCAGGCGGCCUGCCUGGACGGCCUCUGCCGCUACCUGGAUAUGCUGGACCCGCCCGCCCUCCCUCCACCCGAGGUGGUGGUGUUCCGUGAGACCCCCCUGCCCAGCCUCAGCCGACUGUACCGCGACACCCGGGCAGAGAUGAUGCACGUGCUGGACGUCAUGCACGUCGCACAGAGCGCGCCUGCCACGGAGAGCGCGUGCGAGCAGCUCAUUGGCACCGCCAGGCGCCUGCGCUCCAUCCUCUGGCGCUGCAGCCGGUAUCGCCCCGGCAUCCUCACCCGCGUCGUGCGUGGCGAGUCGGCGCAGGCGGCCGCCCCCGACGAGGCGGCGCACUGGCGUGCUGUGCUGGCGGCCAUGGCGCUGUCGCCGGCCCAGUCGGCGGCCAUCUUGGAGACGCGGGCCGCCCUCCUGGCGCGCAUGGACAGCGUCCUGGCCAAGCGCCGCAGGCUGCUGGCGCGCCUGGAGGAGCUGCCCAGCCCCGACUCCCAGCUCGACACAGCGGCCCUACAGGAGUGGCAGCGGGCCACGCAGGCCGUGGCAGCAAACCUGGACGAGGAAAAAGUGGCGCACCGGGACGCCUACAUGGCGGCCAUCGCGCACACACUUUCUUUGCGCCAGGUCAGUGCUGAGCUGGCACGUGCCAAGCGGGAGCACGAGUUGCUGGCCCGUGACAACGUCCUCCUGGAGCGGGUCAUUGGCGUGAAGGACCGGUAUGUCGCCGCCCUGGAGGUGGCAGCCCCGCGGUCGGACGCCUGGCUGGACACCCCCGUGGCUCGCGCCGUGAACCUAGGCCUGCCCCUGGGCCAGGCAAUCGGGGUCAAAUGCUCCUCUGUGAAUCUCAGCAUGCUGGUCCCACCCCCCGUCCUCACCGGCAGCAUGCGGACGGAGUUCCAGUCCCUGCCACUUGACCGAUUCCGCGCCAUGUACCGGGACGGGGUGGCAGAGAUCACGGCACAGCUGGAAGCUAUGGGCCCCGACCCCGUCUUCAUCGAGGCACCAGAGAACCCGGUGUGGCUGCGCUGCAUCCAUCUGCGCAAGCUGUUGUGGCAGAUGUACAGCUACAGGCUGCGCGACCUGCCCAAGAUGUUUGCACCCUUGCACGACAUGCAUCAAACCCCUUCCAGCCUCGACUAUGCGAAAUUCCUGGUGGGUGUGAACCGAUCAAUCCCUGCCAUCCCAUGUUCCCCUUAG